AUGACUCCACUGGGCUUGUUGGGUUUUUCUGCAUUGACCCUUUGUUCCUUUGGCUUUGCAGCAGUGCCUCAUCAAACACAAGCAUCAAACCGUGACUUUUUUGGUAGAAAAAACAUUGUUGCUGAACAUUCUCCUGAAGGCUUAUGCGUCUCUUCGGUCACUGUUCAAGGCUACACAUGUCAGGAACAUGAAGUUACAACCCAAGAUGGGUACAUUCUUAGCCUUCAAAGGAUCCCUGAAGGUCGAGGUGAGGUUAUUGGUCGUGGAAUUAAGAAGCAGCCAGUGAUAAUACAGCACGGAGUAUUAGUAGAUGGAAUGUCAUGGCUUCUGAAUCCUCCAGAGCAAAACCUGCCUUCGAUUCUUGCUGAUAAUGGCUUCGAUGUGUGGAUUGCUAACGCCAGAGGAACAAGAUAUAGCCACAGACACACCUCACUCGACCCCUCUAGCCAGGCCUAUUGGGAUUGGUCUUGGGAUGAAAUGGUUACUUAUGAUCUCCCAGCUAUUUUUUAUUAUGUGUCCACCCAAACAGGGCAGAAGAUAAAUUACGUUGGCCAUUCUUUGGGGACUUUGGUAGCUUUGGCAUCCUUCUCGGAAGGGAAAUUGGUGAAUCAGCUAAAAUCAGCAGCAAUGUUGAGUCCAGUUGCCUAUUUGAGCUACAUGAAGACAGCACUUGGAGUUAUUGCUGCCAAAUCCUUUGUUGGUGAGAUCAUUACCAAAAUCGGCGUGGCAGAGUUUGAUCCUAAAGGGUUACCUAUUGUUAAAUUUAUCAACUCUCUUUGCCUUCAACCCGGGGUAGACUGCAAGGACUUCCUUACAGCAAUAACCGGUGACAACUGCUGCCUUAAUUCCUCAACAGUUGAUCUAUUCAUCAUGAAUGAACCUCAGCCAACAUCAACAAAGAACAUGGUGCACUUAUCUCAAACUGUUAGAAGUGGGGUUUUGACAAAAUUCAACUAUGAGAAGCCAGACAUUAAUAUUAAGCAUUAUGGAGCAGUAAACCCUCCAAUCUAUAACCUUUCAAAUAUCCCCCAAAACCUCCCUCUCUUCCUAAGUUAUGGGGGUAAAGAAGCACUUUCUGAUGAUAUUGAUGUGAGGAAUUUACUUGAUGACAUUAAGUUCCAUGAUGUAGACAAGCUAAGUGUUCAGUUUGUCAAGGACUAUGCUCAUGCUGACUACAUUAUGGCAUUCAAUGCCAAGGACAUAGUGUACAAUGCUGUUACAGAAUUUUUCAAGCAUCAAUUUUAA